UAUACUCGCGUGCUUUUGUGUUUCCAUUGCGGCUAUGAUACUUACGGGAGUAGGCUGUUCUAUCAAUAACCACAUCCGAAGAAGAAGAGGGUUGAGAGGCUUCUUAGACCCUUCAGCAACCACGAGAACACGUAGAAGAAGAACACUGAGUAGAGCAGCUCGAAGAAAAGAAAAGGGAUUAUCUGCUUAUGAAGUGGAAAUUUACUGUCCCGAAAUAAUAUACAAAGGUCCUCUAGAAACACCUCUUUUAUUCUGGGAAGAAGAUGAAGAAGUUCUCACUCCAACACAAGUAGAAGAAAAAACUUUGUUAGAACCUCCUUCUCCAAUUGCAACUAAGGAAGAAUUGUCUCUGGAAGAUAAGGGAAAUGAUCACGACGAUAGUUACAAGGCUACCAGUUGGUUCGCAGACUCUGACAGAAAUAGUGACACCGAAACAACACAAGUGAGAGCAAAGCGUUUAAAAUUCUACUUUUUAGGACAGCAUAUAUUACCUGAUGGUGUUUGUGCAGUUUGUUUAGAAGUGGUGGAAAAGGAUAGUCAUUUGAGAUUGCUUCCUUGCGGACACGCCUUUCAUGUACAUUGUAUCACUCAUUGGCUAAGUUAUGGAACCCGUUGUCCUCUUUGUAAUGAGACAGUUCGCUUGUCCGAUCAUGGACGUAAUAGCUCAAGUUCCACACAGCAGCUCCAUUCCGUAAGAGUAAUCUCUGGAAACAAUAACUCUUCCCCUCAGACACUACCGUUAUUUAUGGCAGUAGGUCAUACUGUGAAUACUCCCCAGCCAAAUAGAGAGCAUAAUAUUCAAUCCAUUCAGGAUCCUGAAACAAUAUCGAAGGAAGUGGUUAUGCAGUCAUUUGAAAGAAUCCGUUUGCGCUUAUAUGAAAGAUAUUUGGAAAGACAACAGAAAGCACAACCUGCUCUCAAGGAAUCGUUGGAUGCUAUUGUGGUGGAUGGAGAAGCUUCACGAAUGAGAAGCAGUCCAUAAUUUGAAUAGCUAAAUUUGUUUUUAUCAAAUGAAAGAAAUUGUAAUAGCUCUCU